AUGGCUGGCUCGAUCGGGAUGGCGCUGGCGGCUGCCGUGCUGUUGGCGUGUGCCGUGGUGACGGCAGCGUCCCCACGGUUCACGAUUAAUGAUGUUACGUACAAGACUGGUGACUAUGUUGCUGAAGCCAAGGAGCUGCUGGAUACGCACACCAACCAGUCGGCCAUCAUCAUUACGAAUAUGGGAGGUCGAGUCGAGGCCAUCCGCCUUGUUGAUCCCGCCACCAACCAGCUGCGAGAUGUCAUUGCCACGCAUGACGGGAAUGCCACCGCCAUGAUCACCAACCCGCACUGGCAGGGCGAGAUUCUGCUACCCUACGCCAACCGCAUUCGCGAUGCCUCUCGGUCGCCGCUGCCUCAUCCCACCCCACCAUCCUUGGGCUCGCGCCAGGUUGACGAUCGCCUCGACCCCACCGGCACCAUGACAGCCUUUCACGGCAUGGACGGCUCGGCCCCGAUUGGCGGCGAUCCUGAUGCACCAACUUAUCUGGAUGAUGAGUUCAAGGCCCGCACCCCCUGCGAUCAGUACAGCCACGUUGUGGUGGAUGGCAAUACCCACAUUCAACUUUUCGCCGAUGCAUCAUACCCUUAUGUUCAAAUCUACACGGGGGCCGUCAGCACUUGGGGCCUGCAAGCCAUCGCCCUUGAAGCCAUGUCUGCUGAGAUGGAUGCGUACAACAAUUAUAACGGCCUGCACAUCCUGGAUGCCGGUGAGGUCUUUGAGAGCUCCUUUGGGGUGGCGUUGCUCUAA